AUGAAACUCAAGGGCCAUUCUCAUACUGGAAAGGGUGAUAUGGAGAUAUCUGAGCGUCCAGAUUCUAGUGGUGAUGUCCCCGCUCAAGUUUUAUUCAUGGAUUCUUCACAGGGGAUGUCUUCAAAAACAAGUACACAUGCACCGUCAUCAUCGACAUACUACCAAGUGACAACACCCAAAUCGCCUCAUGAGCUGAUAUUCGCAGAUGAAGUUAAUGGGAAUGGAAAUAAUGAUGUGAAUUACGAUGUCACUGGUACUGCGAGCGGUGGAGGAAUUUCCGAAGGUGAUGAAGAUAGAUCAAGCGGUGGUACGAGUGGAUUGGCUAAAUCCUCAAGAGAAUCUGAAGAGGUAGAGAGGCUCAAAUAUGAAACUGCAAAGGCAGAAAUAUUAGAAAAACUACAUCUACAUACUUUAAUCGGCAAUAAAGAAGUACAGGGAAUUCAAAGGGAAAUAUGUAGACUGGAUGCACAAAUGAAAUUAAUGAAAACUUUACAUGAUGAUGAGAACUUACUGGAUAAGAUUGAAUCAUACCAUCAGAAGGAGACUGAACGUAAGAAGAGGCAAGUGAUGACCGAGAUGAAUUAUCCUGCCAUAACUGGUUUUAAUAAUAAUUCAUCUGGAUAUUAUGCGGACAGUUCGUCAGUAUUGCCACCAGGAUCGCCGUCGGGGUUUCUUCCAUUAUCGGCAAGUAGUAGUGCACAUAUACCCGUUCAUCAUUAUCAUACGCGGAGCAAAAGCCAUGGGAAUUUGUCGGAGGUCCCUCCAUUACAUCCUAACGCCAGCGCUGCUAGUAAUACCACAAUACCGCCUGGCACUGAAGAAAGUUCCUCUUUUAGAGCGAAUCAAAUGAAUAUGCACCAUAGAAGAAAUUAUAGCAGUACAUGUCUAACGAGUAAUAGUGGUGUAGUCGGUAAAACUGAGAAGAACGAAGCCAUAUUUAGGCGGUAUGAUGGUGUUCUAAUCGUGAUUACUUGUUCUCAUUGUGAUCGUAGUGGAUUUACAUCUGCCCAGGGUAUAGUAAACCAUGCAAGACUUAAGCAUAACAAGACUUAUUCCAGCCAACCUUUAGCUGUACUCAAUAAUCAAAUACUGCUUCCUAACGACAAACAAGAUCCAGAAGUCAUGGAAAAAUUUAAAAGCUUAAACAGAGAUCCCCAAAAAGAAUACUUGCCAUCUGAAUUAGCGAUACCGUCAAUGGCUAAAAGAGAGACAAGUCCUAAAAGUGGACUGCCGAAUUCCAAGUCGUCUUCAUCAAUAAUACCCCAACAUAAUGUAUGGCCACAUCAACAAGAUGAAAAUAACGCACAGAUAUCAGAUUCAACAAAGCAUUUAAAGAAAGCAUAUGGUAAAGAAGAUUUUAAAGAUUUAGUUAGCAUGGUGAAUUCAACGUCCCAGGAUUUAGAGAACGUCCUCAAGGAAUCAACACCCCCGUUAGGUUCAGAAGUAAGCGAGAUGGAAGGAGGACAUGAACAUGAGCCUAAAUCGCCAUCAUCUUCUAGUCAGGCAUUUUCACCGUUGUCACCUUCGAGGGAGACGAUCAAAAAGAAUAAUAAGAAACGCAAACAAGAUCAGAACGAGGCAUUAAAGGAUUACAAAGAACGAAUAAAGCCUGCUGAGAAGAAAGCUAGGCCUGAUGUAUUGGCUCUGAGUGCUGUACCCGAACAUGAAAAGCGUUCAUCGCAUUACAAUUUACGUGCUAAAUCCAAGAUACGUUCCAAUGCAGAUAGGUUUGACUAA